AUAGGAAGCUUGUGUUAGUGGUGGAUGACAGCAGCUAUAAACAAGCUCCGGUGAAGCUCUUUGGAGGCGCUUUGAGGAGGAGAAGUAACGAUAAAACAGCUCAAAAUGGUGAUAUUGAAGGGUAAAUCCUUGCUGUUGCUGCUGAGCUUGUGUUUGUACGUCCAGUCAGUGCCUAUAAGCAUGGACAAGAACAAAGAAAAGCCAAAAGAAGAGGAACUGGGAGCACCCGAGAGUGCUGACACCGGGCUGCACUACGACCGCUACCUCAGGGAAGUCAUCGAGUACCUGGAGAAAGACCCUCACUUUAAAGAAAAGUUAAAAAAUGCAGACAUGGAGGACAUCAAGCAAGGCAAACUUGCCAAAGAGUUGGACUUUGUCCACCACAAUUUUCGGACCAAGCUGGAUGAGCUGAAGAGGGAGGAGAUGAACAGGCUGCGGAUGCUCCUCAAAGCCAAACACGACAUCCAGGAGGGGAACGGCCGGACAGUGGACCACCAGGCCCUGCUGAGACAGUUUGAGCACCUCAACCACGUAAACCCACACACUUUCGAGGUGGAUGACCUGGACCGCCUCAUCAAAUCGGCCACAAAAGACCUGGAGAACUUUGACAAGGGUCAGCACGAUGAGUUCAAGAGGUACGAGCUCAUGAAGGAGCAUGAGAGGAGAGAACGUCUAAAGAAGAUGAGUGAGGAGGACCGCGCAAAGGAGGAGCAGCACUACGAGGAGAUGAAGAAGAAACACGCUGACCAUCCCAAAGUUAACCACCCUGGCAGUCAGGACCAGCUGAAGGAAGUUUGGCAGGAGUCAGACGGUUUGGACCCACAAGACUUUGAUCCCAAGACCUUCUUCAAAAUGCACGACACAAACGAUGACGGUUUCUUUGACGAGAGCGAGCUUGAAGCACUCUUCACUAAAGAGCUGGAGAAAGUUUACGACCCCAAAAAUGAAGAAGAUGACAUGGUUGAGAUGGAAGAAGAGAGACUGCGAAUGAGAGAGCAUGUCAUGAACGAGGUGGACACAGAUAAAGACAGACUUGUGUCGCUGAGCGAGUUCAUGGCCGCCACCAACAAGGAUGAGUUCCUCGAAAAAGAUGAGUGGCAGACGUUGGAUCAAAACAACCCAUACACCGACGAGGAACUGAAAGAGUACGAACAGCACCUGGCCAAUGAGGCAAGCGACAUCAGCCAGAAGUCGGACGAUCUGCAGAAACAGAGGGAAGAACUCGAAAGGAAACAGGAAGAACUGAAUGCUCAGAAGAUGGGCCUACAGCAGGCAGUAGAAGAAAUUGAAAGGUUAAAAGCCCAAACAGUCCAACAGCCGGACGCUCCCGUAGCUGAAACUGUAGCACAAGUUGUACCAGGAAACAAUCAGCCGCUGCCCCCUGGCCACCAGCAGCAAGGUGUACCAGUGCCAGGACAUUCUUAGCAGGCCUCAUCCCUCUGUGUGCUGUUUGUGUGCCCGUGAGCCUGCACGUGUGUUUGACUUGUCAUGAUUCAAAUUUCCGUUUUUUGUUUUUUUUUGCUUUGGAUUUUUUUAAAACACCAUUAAACAAAAAACUAUGUCUAAAUUUUAGGAGAACAUGAAAAACAUCUGAUUUCAGGUUUCAGAUUUAGUGCCAGUUGCCCCAUCACGCCCUCCCGUAGCUGGCCCAUUUGGCUCGAAAUGUGGAGAUGGUCCAGUUUUCUUUGCGGACAAUCGACCUCAUUUAAAAAAAAAAAAAAAAAAUCUUUGAUCACAACAAAGACUCUGUUCUCCGUGGGAAGUGCUUUGGGGUGAAACGGGGAGGGCUCUGCCUGAUGAGCGAAUGUUUUGUUUUAUGUACACUGUAGUUUAUUGUCACUGAUACUGUCCAUCAGUGGAAACACUUUGAAAAUGAUUUAUUUAUUCAGGUAAAUACAGCUGAUCGUUUAGGCUAAAAAAAAUGAAUGUCAUUAAUGUGACUUGAAAGUUUAUGCAAUGCUGCUGGUGAUAACUGAAAUAGUCCUGUUUACAGUAAAAAAAAAAAAGUGAUUUACUGAAAGGAGCAUAACUCCACCUGAAACCAUGAAGUAAUGUUUUCUGUAAUAAGACUAAGAUUUGAUCAUGUUCAUUUUUGUCUUGAAGUUUUCUGUUUAAAAUGUGAUGCUUUAAAUCCGUUUUGGGUGUUACAAACAAUAAGCUAUCAGCCAUUAUUUGAAAAUCUGAAUAUUUUCUCCUGUAAUACCUCUAAAUUGUUUUGUAAUUUCCUUAAAGGACUCAAAACUGUAACAAUUACACAUAAUUCUUCUCAAUAUCAUCAUUUUAUUUCAUGCUGUUAUAAUAUUAAACCAUUUUUUUUUUUUUUUUUUUACAAUGCCUGUUCCUCCAUAAAUGCAUAUUUUUAGGCUCCUGUGGACGAGAUAAUUGAAGAACACAUUUAGUUUACAGAUAGAUUUACAUAUAUAUUUAAAUCUUUUAAUAUAAUAUAGAGUUGGUGUUGGACUGUUUGGAUUCUGAGGUGGUUUUGUGUGUGCGUUGUGUUUGUGUGUCAGUGAAUGUCUUUUUUUAAUGUUAUGUUUAGGAUAUGUUUAGUUUAUUUAUAUUUUAUUCUGUACAACACUGUAAAUUAAACAAACUCUGACUUAAUAGAGUUCAGGUCAAAUACGGACUAGUUAAGAUUAACACAACUGAUUUUCUAUUUUUUCUUUUAAGGGAUUCAGGUUUGAUUUGAUUAGAUUUUUUUUAUUUUUUUGUCCCUUUUCAAAAAGCAGAAAAGCAAAAUUUGUCCACUGCCCAACUUUCUGUGUAGUAAAUUGAGCCACGUGUUGUGUGAUGUUUGAAUGUGGAGAUUAAAGUGAAUGAGCUUGCAA